AUGCCGUAUUGUGUUUGUACGUAUGCAUCGCAAUCUGAGAAACAUGAAAUGAAAUCUCAUUUACUACUUGGCGAUGUAAUACGAGUGUUAUAUUUGUUACUUACAAAUCGUAAACACCAGAAUAUUGCCUUGCAAGUAUUAAGACACUGUUGGAUAUAUUGUCAUCGAGUCCCCCUAGCUGAUAUACGUCUUUUUACAUUGAGGGGUUUAUCAUCACGAGACUCUGCUCAUCUGUCUCAGUAUCCAUUGGUAAAUUCAGAGUCACCACCACUGUUUGUUGUCCGGUGGUUAUCUGACAGUCUGUUGAAGGGGACACUAGAAAUUGCCUGUAGCUGUCUACCACGUGACCGAUGCUGGUACAACUGUUGUUCAGAAAGAUUUCUGCGGCCAUUAUCACGUCUAAUAUUCAGACAUGAUGCGAAAGAGUAUAUUUUGAAUUUGUCAAAAUACCUUUCAUCGAAAUGUCGUCAAAUUUCAAAUGCUUCUUCUUCAUCGUCAGCAUCAUUAGAUGUGUUGUCGCACACUCCGAAAGUCAGUAGCAGCAGCAGUAGUCAAAGUGAAAGGCGUGUCUCACGUGAUGAUGUCCAUGAUGCUAAUGUGAGACUGCUCAGUGAUCGAUGUGCUGGAGUGGACUCUUCUGUAUCACACUCCAGUAACCCGUGUUCCCCUAAUAUUAUUCCUCAGACAAGGUUACUUAUUGCUGUUAACCAAACAUGUUCAAAGAAUGUUACAAGUAUGUCACCUAACACCUCCUCAUCUUUAGAUUCUAAUUCUCUUCGAACCACAGAGGUGAUGAAUUCGUCCAAAUCUCCUGUUUCGGUGAGUAAAAGUACUACUGAUAAUUCAGAAUUGAAUUCUUUAAAGUUAGUUACUGAGAUUGUUGUGGAUGAUGUGCCAUCACUUGAGGGUUUUUCAAAUCCCUUAUCAUCAGGAAAUGCUUGUAAUAAUAGUCCUACUGAAGUUGAUGUUGCCUGCAGAGAAAAGGGAUCUAUGAGAAAUUCAUAUGAUUGUGAGAAAGAAGUUAACCGUAGCCAGUGUUCUCCUCAACCGACUCGGGUGUGCAGUUCUGUGGUGUCAAAAAACAGUGAUACGUUAACGGUCGUUACUAAUGCAAGUGAUUCAUGUGGAAGUGCUUUGCAAAUGUCAAUUGAUUCCCGAGGUGAAUCAUUGGUUCAGAGUGCUCCGCUUAGUGUGAGUGGAACAAUGGAAUGUACUCAUUUGGAAAACUUUUCAUCCGUACCGAAUAAACUAUCAGACAGUCUUAUGUUGGUCUCAUCACGUAGUGAAUGUAAUGAAUCUGAAGCGCAGUCUGUUCCAUCAAACGCUGAUGUGGACAUACCAUCUCCUUUGCAUGUUUCAAUCAAUAAUGUUGAGAAUAUGUCUUCACAGCCUAACACAGCUGAACCUACGGAAGAUGAUGACGUCAAUACAGGUAACCCUGUUCCUUCGUCUAAUUCUGAUGGGAUUUCAAAAAGCCCAGGUGCUUUCACAAACAAUCGCGAUUCACCUUUGAAGGAUUCAAGUUGCCAAGAUGAUCAUAAUGAAGAGUCGAUAUAUUCUCUUGAGAACAAUUCUGAUGAGAUAUCAGAAAGUGGAUCCCAGUUAUCGUCUGUUGGUAUCGUUGUCUCUAUAAACCGGAAGAAAGAAAAUUCGAUAAAGAAGGUGUGCAUUUAUUUACCCAGUAAUACUGUUGCUAACUCCCCUAUUAAGAAUAUUGUCUGUCAAUGUAGUAGUGAGGAGGAGCAUUCCGACUCUGAUCAGGUGAACAGUUGCACAAUGACUCUUGAUAGACGGCGAGUUGGGAAAUUGAAACGGAAGCUGAAGAAACUGAACCACUUACCUGUUUCUAGAACCAAUACUUCUGAAAUCUCAGAAAAGAAUUCCACUUCACAAAUUGAAAGUCUCAUGUGCUUGAUUCCGUCAACUAGCAACAGUUUUUCAUUGACAAAGUUUCCAAAUGGUUCACAUAAUUUGACUAAUUUCCGUGUGAAACAACCAUUAAGUGAUCUUGUGUCUCUUCCUUCUUGGGUGCAAGAGAAAUCUCUGAAUUCUAAAGCUCCCGGACCAGUGACGGCUUCGGUAUUAGGACUAUCUGCGUUCCCGCUUUCAACUGUAUCAGUUAGCUCGACUUCUGAUGAAUAAAAUCUCAUCUUUUCUACAGAUUACUGUUAUUGUUUAAUAUCUGAUUUACAACGUCCUUGACUUGUAUAAAUGUGUACAUAAUGCACUUGUGAUAUCUAUCGAUUGAUAAACGAAGAUUUAUUUUGUGUACACGAUUGUGUUUAUUGCUAU